AGUUGAUCCGUUAAAACAAAUCUGAGUCAGUCGGAAUGAUCAUAUUAUAGACAAAAGGUAUUAGAAAAACAGCAGAAAUACUGAGAACGUCAUGGGAUAUUAUUACAUGAUGUGUUAUUCAGUGACAGUGACUUACGGAGGCAGAUCUGGUUUACACAUUUUAUAUAGUUAUUUCUCUGUUGACCAGUACUUAACGCCACAGUGACUGGCACAUUUUAGCUUCUUAUUAUCGGCAUUCUUAACUUCCUGCUAUGGUUAAUGUAACGUUUCAUUUCAUGAUUUCAUGACUUCUGUUUCACCACCAUCAAAAUAAAUAUCUCUAUGAGCGUCUGUGCUUUCCCAGCACACCAUGGCAUUACUUCACAUCCUGUUCAAACACACACUGUUGGCAUAUCGUUUGGUAGGAAUAUACUGACUAUUCAACUCACAACUCUCUAAUGAGGUUUCCCAAUAAGACGCUCUGAUUUUGUUGGAAAAGUGCAGCUUAUACAGGAUUUCAGGACAUCAUGGACAUGACACCCAUCCCCAGCUCUGGUAAUAGUAACCUGAAUGAAGCCAACAGUUGUGGAGUGGACCUCAGCCAAGAUGCCAUCUACCUUCCUGUAAUCUACAGUAUCUUCUUCAUCAUUGGCACUCCCCUCAAUUUGAUGGCCCUGUUCGGGCUCUAUCGUCUGAUCAAGUCUGAAAACGUCUUACCGGUGUACGUGAUCAACCUGCUCCUUUCGGAUCUCCUCCAACUGUUCACUGUACCUCUAUGGAUUGACUACUAUCGCAAGGGUCACAGCUGGCGAUUCGGGUCCACUUCCUGCCAGUUAUUGGGGGCCAGUUUCUACGUCAGCAUUUACACCGGCAUUGCCUUCAUGUGCAUCAUUGCUUUGGAGCGCUACUUGGCCAUCGCCAAGCCUCUGAGAUUCCAAGCAUUGAGAAAGCUGAAGUUUGCACGAUGGAUAGCCCUUAGCAUAUGGGUCGUGGUAGCCGUGCCUCCAUCCAUCGCCUUGCAUAAAAUGCAACCCAACGACAAUCACACCCUGUGCAUCGAGAGCUACCCUUCCAAGGAGGGGUUCAUCAUCUACCGAUUGAUCACCUUAUCCCUGUCCUUCAUCAUCCCUCUCGCCUUCAUCGUGUUCCUCCACUGGAAGACCCUGAGGUCUUUGUCGGCCAUUGGUACCUUGGGAACGGAAGAGAAGCACCGCAUCAGGGGGCUUCUCACUCUGCUGGUGGUCAUCUUCAUCCUGGUCCUCGGCCCCUACCACAUCACAGGAUGCGUGAAGUACAUUGGAUUGCUUCUCCACAGGGACGCCUGUGAGUGGGAGAAGGCAGUGUUUUUGCCCUACCAGCUGGGCAGGGGUCUGCUGAGCCUCAACAGUCUGCUGGAUCCUAUACUUUAUACGUUCCUGAGGAGUGACUUCAGGGCGGCUGUGGGCCAUUACCUGCCCUGCCUGAGGAGGAUGCAGGAGUCUGUAUGCAAGACUGUGAGUCAUCAGAGGACCACCACUAAGACCCCUAGUAGUCUUUCAGAUCACACUGAUUCUAUCUAAACCCAAACCAGACAUUUGUAACAUACCUGUACAUGAUGUACUGUGCCUAGCUAGUAACCAGCCUUCGAAGAACCAUCACCAGGACCACUAUUAUCCUUGAAGACCCCACAGAGAGACCCUGAUUCAACCUGUGAUAACCAUUAAUACUGAACAUUAUUCAUAAAUGCUGCAGAACAAAGGUUAUACUGUGGGAAAGGAAAAUCUCUAAGAUACACAUAUAUUUCGUAUUAUUUUUUUUUUUACAAAACUGUUUGUUGCUCUAAACAGUGCCAGUGGGUUUUGGAAAGUACAUUCUUGAUUGAGACAGAUGUGGUUUGCCUCAUAUU